GAAGGAAAGCCCUCCCGGGGCUUCCCCUGCUCCCCCCCAGCUGCCCUCCCGGGCAGGGCUGGACAGCCAGCGAGGUGGACCACGACCGCCGCUUCCCCCUGACCGUCCGAGCUCGGCAGCACCGCCGCCGCCACCGCCGCCUUCAUCAGCUGUCAGGAACGGCUUCCAGGAUGCAGGCGAUGAUGAAUGGGAAAGCAGAUUUUCUUUUCAUCCUAUAUCUGAUUUGCCACCUCCUGAGCCGUAUGUACCCAUGAACAGAAGUUACCCCAGUAAAGUAGCAAGAAAUGAAAGUAGAGGUGGCUCUGGCCGAAAAGAAAGAGGCGUGCCCCCACUGCCGCCUAUACCAAGGUGAAAUGGGUUCUGGCCCAUCUUUGGGCAACGUCUGUUUGCAGUUUUCCUUCGAGUCAGCUCUCCUGCCCACAUCAUUGGAAAGUUGUCUGUUUUGCUUUAUUUCCACUUUUGGCUUGUCAGCUGGAACAAACUUGGGUCUCUAUUACAGAAGUAAGAGGUGCAGCUUAUGAACUGUAGUUGCUCAGAGCUAUAAAUUUUAUUUGCUUAUACUGCAGGCUGUCAUGAAAGGCAUUUCUUGGACCAUACAGAACAUACGUGCAUCAUGCUUACC